AGUUUGGUUGACUCGAGAUCUGUGACAGGUCGCGCGUGCAGAUGAUGGCGGUAAAUAAAAGCCGUAUACAAAAUAAAGCCAUGAAAACCUCUAUUGUAGGACAGUAACGCCACCGUGUAAGAAGGGAUAGAGAAAUCCCCGGAAUUGGGCAACGCGCUGUUAUCAACACCACCUAGAAGUUGUUCAGAGAGAUUUUGCUGAAGAGCGAGGGUCUAGCAGAGUGGUCUUUGUUCUGUGUUCUGAUGUGUGUCUGUGGUUUGGAGACAGUUCUCUGAAGGCCCCAGUAAAACUUCUCUCUCAUUGUAAUGGUGACAGUGCUUUUACCAUCACCAGAGGACUAACUGUGGUCUUUUUCACUGAUGUGCUGUCUCUGGGCGUGGCAGCCAGCGUAUCCCUGACUGCGUGAGCACAUGGUGUUUCCGUGGUUGCGAUGGACCGCUGCAAGCACGUGGGCCGCCUGCGCCUGGGACAGGACCACUCAACGCUAAAUCCACAGAAAUGGCUCUGCGCGGACUGUGGCACCAGCGAGUCGGUGUGGGCGUGCCUGAAAUGCGCGCACGUGGCCUGCGGGCGCGACCUGCACGACCACGCUCUCCACCACUUCCAGGGCUCGUGCCACCCGCUGGCCAUGGAGGUCCGGGAGCUGGAUGUCUUCUGCUUCGCCUGCGGGGACUACGUGCUCAACGACAAUGCCGAGGGUGACCUGAAGCUGCUGCGCGGGGCGCUGUCCACCAUCCGCAGCCCAAACAGGCGCUCGCUGCGGUCCUCUGCGGCAGCGGCGGGGGUAGAGGGAGGCGCAUGGAUGGAGGCGGAGGGGAUGCUGCGGCCGCCCUCACAGGUGGCCCUGUGGUACCGCAGGAAGGUGCUGCUAGGGAGGAUGCUGGGGCAGUGGAGACGGCAGUGGCAGGAGGAGGAACAGAAGCGCAACCACAAGCUGGAGCAGGAGCGGCAGGAGCAGCGGGAACGGCGCGAGGUGAAGCGGAGGCUCAUUGGAGAGCUGGUCAUCAGCGUUGGGCCGCCCAGAAAGAGCGCGCGGCUGCUCACGCAGGCGCCGCGGCCCAUCCUCGCCCUCGUGCCAAUCAAGUUCCGGGACCCGCCUGAGCGCCUGCCGCAGGCCUCACCACCCGCUGCCGCGCAGCGACCCUCAGCACUGUCACUCAGGAACGGCAACACCCAGUCACCCAAACCGCGGCGGUACCACGCCUCCCUGGCCACACGGCGCCGGAGGCUGGCGCCCGGGGUGACGGGCUUGCGCAACCUAGGCAACACUUGCUACAUGAACUCGAUCCUGCAGGUGCUGAGCCACCUGCAGAAGUUCCGCGAGUGCUUCCUCACGCUGGACCUUUGCGAGACGGAGGAGCUGCUGGCCAAAACCAAAACCUCGCAGGGUGUCAGGGGUGUCAUUGUGGGCAGUGCGGGAGCGCUGGGGUGCCCCCUGGGCCAGGGUGGGGGAGGAGGCGCAGGCACAGGCGGAGGAGGGGCAGGAGGUGGGACAGGAGGGGUGCAGGGCGAGGCCAGGAGUCCGGCUGCGGGCAGCAACAAGGAGUCUCGCUCGUCCUCGCGCCAGCGCAUGUCGCUGUGCCACGAGCUGCACACACUGUUCAGGGUCAUGUGGUCCGGCCGCUGUUCGCUGGUGUCGCCCUUUGCCAUGCUGCACUCGGUGUGGAACCUGAUCCCGGCGUUCCGCGGCUACGACCAGCAGGACGCACAGGAGUUCCUAUGCGAGCUGCUGGACAAGGUGCAGCAGGAGCUGGAGUCCAACGGCAGCAAGCGCCGCAUCCUUAUGCCCAUCACCCAGCGGAAGCUCUCCAAGCAGGUGCUUAAGGUGCUCAACACCAUCUUCCACGGCCAGCUGCUCAGCCAGGUGACGUGUCUUUCCUGCAAGCACAAGUCCAACACGGUAGAGCCUUUCUGGGACCUGUCCCUGGAGUUCCCAGAGCGCUACCACAGUGGGCAGAAGACUUCUGGCUCUUUGGGCCUCAAGAGCUGCUCCCUCGUAGAGAUGCUGGCCAAGUUCACGGAGACCGAGGCGCUGGAGGGACGCAUCUACGCCUGCAACCAUUGCAACAAGAAGAGACGGAAGACAUCUCACAAGCCACUGAUUCUCACAGAGGCCUGCAAGCAGCUUUUGAUCUACCGCUUGCCUCAGGUGCUACGGUUACACCUCAAACGCUUCCGGUGGUCGGGAAGAAACCACCGGGAGAAAAUCGGGGUGCACGUGGCGUUUGACCAGGUCCUGAAAAUCCAGCCCUACUGCUGCAGAGACUCUGCCACGGGCCUCCACCGAGAGGGCUUCACCUAUGACCUUUCUGCCGUCGUGAUGCAUCAUGGGAAAGGCUUUGGCUCAGGACACUAUACAGCGUAUUGCUACAACUCUGAGGGUGGUUUCUGGGUUCACUGUAAUGACUCGGUGAUGAAUGUGUGCACUGUGGAGGAGGUGUGCAAUACUCAGGCCUACAUCCUGUUCUACACCCAGCGCUCAGCAUGAGGAGGUGUGGCUUUGUCAACCACCCACCCCGUUUUCAACAACCACCAGCCAAUCCUGCCCCUACCAGAGCAGAGAGACAGCCAGCCAGAGAUGGAUCGGGACCUGCUGCCUGUAUAUGUAGACACACACACACACACACACACACACACACACACACACACACACACACACACACUCUUAUCCAGGGCAUUUUAAACCUAGGACCAAGCUCUGCGUUCUGAGCAGGUUUGAGCGUGGGGUGAGCAGGAGUGCUGCUGAGGGGUAUGCCCCCCCAGACGAACGUUGAUGCCGAAUCUGCUGUAGAGCAGAGGGAGAAGCUGAUUUUCUUGGAGAUGUUGCACAAGACGUGAGGUUGUUGGCGGGCCCUGGGCUCCGAUCACAUCUCUUCACGUUGUCCGAAGGAGAGAGAGGGCAUUUACCGACUUAAUCGAUCGAUCGAUUGGUUGGUUUGAUUGAUUGAUUGAUUGAUUGUUCAGAGUUUAGGGGGAAGUGAUUGAGGGGACUGGCCUGUCUCCUUUCAGAGCGAGAGCAGAGCAAUAUAAAACUGACGUCACAACAGGAAAUCAACGAGCAAAAAUCAGGAAAAAAAUCUAGACUUUGUAAUACAAUUUUUCUUCUUUUUUUUCUUUCUUUUUUUUUUUUUACUACUCUGCUGUUUCUAUUUGGGUUGUGGCUGUUCUUGUUAAAACCUCUUUGUCGCCAGGUAAUCAGGAAAUAUCACUGCUGUCCUAUCAAUCAUGAAUGGGAAGAUUUUUGAGAGAGAGAGAAAGAAAAUAAUGGUUCUAAUGAACCGGUAAUGGAACAAUCUGAUGACGAUGAAUGUCUUGCUCUUUUGUUUUGUUUUUAUUUUUUGUAUGGGGUUGGUUGGGGUUGUAGUUUUUUUGACUCCAUCGUGAGGGUGGAGUAGUAGAGCAGUGGUCAGCUGCAGCUGUGGUCAGGUCUGACCCUUUUAGUCCUGUGUUGUGAAAGCACCUGUGAUUACUGUACCGAUCAAACAACACAUACCAGAUGACGGUGAUGGUGAUGAUUAAAAGACUCAAAUACC